GCUGGUAUAAACAACACAAUUACUCAACCUCUUCCUUCUCUGCAAAACGCACCGGCUCCGGUGGACAAAUAAAAUGGCGGUCACGGACUUCUUUGCCGGAGAGAUUGCCACCGAGCUUCUUAAAAUGUUAAUAACCAUUACAAGAAAGGCCUGCCUCUGCAAGCCCAGCGCCGAGCAGCUUAAACUUUCCAUCGAAGAACUCCUUCCCAUCAUCGAAGAAAUCAAGUACUCCGGCGUGGAGUUAACCCCGACACGUCAGAUGCAGCUCGAUUCUCUCUCCAGAGCUCUCCGCGACGGCCUCGAACUCGCUGGAAAAGUCCUCGUCUCCAGCCGUUGGAACGUCUACAAGAACCUACAGUUGUCGCGGAAGAUGGAGAAGGUCGAGAAGAAGAUAUCGAGGUUCUUACAGGGUCCGCUUCAGGCUCACGUCCUCGCUGACGUGCAUCACGUGAGAUUCGAGACCACCGAGCGGUUUGAUCGACUUGAGGGCUCCGCUCGGAGGCUGGAGCAGCGGCUCGGGUCCAUGAAAAUCGGAGGAGGCGGUGAAGGAUGGUGGUUGGAGGAGGCGAUGAAUAAUAUGAACGAGGAGGAGCAAUAUGAGGGUGGUUUGGAAAAGGUUGGAAUGGAGCUGGGGAAGAGGAAAGUUAAAGGUAUGCUUCUCGAUAGAGAUGAUUUGGUUGUUAUCGGGAUCAAUGGAAUUGGCGGCAGUGGUAAAACUACUUUAGCCAGAGAAAUUUGCAGAGACGAUGAAGUACGAAGUUACUUUAAUAAUGAGAUCUUGUUCCUUGACUGUAUCCCAGUCUCCGAAUUGACACCCACCCUGGUAGUUUUGGACGAUGUUUGGUCAGAUCAAGUUUUCCACCAGCUUAUCUUCAAUGUUCCUGGUUGCAAAACUCUUGUGGUUUCGCGUAUCAAGUUUCCAUCUAAAGUUCUCAACUCAACCUAUGAAUUAGAACUGCUAAGAGAAGAAGAAGCAAUCUCCCUUUUCUGUCACACUGCUUUUGGAACAACCUCAAUACCUCCUGGAUCUGAUGAGAAUCUGAUCAAACAGGUUGUGGAGAAAUGCAAAGGGCUUCCAUUGGCUCUGAAAGUGAUCGGAGCUUCACUAAGAGAUCAACCUGAAAUGUACUGGAGAGGUGCCAACAGCAGAUUAUCAAGAGCCCAACCAAUAUGCGACUCCCAUGAAAUCGAGUUGCUCAACAGGAUGAAACUCAGCAUCGAUUACCUCUCAGAAAAAGUGAGAAACUGCUUUCUUGAUUUGGGUUCUUUCCCAGAAGACAAAAAGAUUCCUCUAGAUGUUCUUAUCAAUAUAUGGACUGAGCUUCAUGACAUCGAUGAUGAAGAAGCUUUUGCCAUUAUUCUCGAGCUCUCAAACAAAAAUCUUCUCACCCUUAUGAAAGAAGAAAGGGCUGGAGAUAUAUAUAGUAGCCACUGUGAGAUCUCAGUGUGUCAACAUGAUGUGUUAAGAGACCUUGCUAUUCAUAUGAGCAGCUUUGAGAGUGUUAACAACAGAAGAAGACUUGUUAUGGCAAGAAGAGAAAAAGGGUUACCCAAAGAAUGGGAGAGGAACAUUGAUCAGCAAUUUCUUGCAAGAAUUGUUUCAAUUCAUACAGGUGAAAUGAAAGAAACGGAUUGGUCAAAAAUGGAAUUUCCUAAAGCUGAAGUCUUGAUCUUGAAUUUUGAUUCAACCGAGUAUAUCCUUCCUCCAUUCAUUGAAAACAUGCCAAAACUUAGAGCUUUAGUUGUAAUAAACUACAACACAAAAACCUCAGAGGUUCAAAAUUUAUGGGUUUUAGGUAAAUCCUCUCACUUAAGAAGCAUCUGGAUGGAAAAAAUCACAAUUCCUGAACUACCAAAGACGAUAAUACCCUUCACAAAUCUAGAAAAAAUCUCUUUUCUCCUCUGCAAGAUAAACCUAAGAGAGGAAUCAGAACUAGACCUCUCCCAUCUAUUCCCACACCUCUCCCACCUCACAAUGGACCACUGUACCAAAAUGACGAAACUACCCUCGAGCAUUUGUCAGGUGAAAACGUUAAGGGUUUUAAGCAUUACAAGCUGUGAGAGUCUUGAGGAGCUUCCGUUUGAUAUCGGGAAGCUGAUUUUUUUAAGGAUUUUGAGAGUGUAUGCAUGUCCAAAGCUGAAAAAGCUUCCGUGUGGAAUCAAGAAUCUGAUAUGGUUGGAUUAUAUUGAUGUUUCUCAGUGUCUGAAUCUUGAAUGUCUGAAUGAGGAAAUAGGUGGGUGUGUGAGUUUGAAGGAGAUAGAUAUGAGGGAAUGCCCAAGGAUUAAGAGGUUGCCAAGAUCGAUUAAGUGGUUGAGAUCAUUGAGAAGGGUGAUUUGUGAUGAAGAGAUUUCAUGGCAGUGGAAAGAAAUGGGGAAAGAGUUGACUGAUCUUUGUGUUAAAGUGGCAGAAGAGUCAUUUAGUCUAGAUUGGCUUAAUGAGUAGAUAAAUUAUAUACUCUAAUUUUCUAUCUUUUUUUUUGUUUUGUAUAUAGCUUCUAGAUAUUAUGUAGAUAGUCAUAGAAAUAGAUGAAAUUAUAUAUUGAUCCGUAGUUAGCAUUCGGAUUUUAAUUGAAAGGCUG